GCAACAAAAUAUCCACGCCCGACGGAUCGGAUCAGUUUUGCCAACAAAUUUAGACUAUUAGUGAAUUCAUUUUGAUUCGAGGGAAAAACGACUACUUCAAAACUCUAUCGCUCAGGAGAAAGAAUUAUGGAAGCUAUGUUGCAUGAUAUGGAGCUUAGGUUCGAAGCCAAGUUUGAAGCCAAGUUUGAAGCCAUUGAAUCAAAAAACGCCGAAAAUUUCAACGCCCUGCUCACUUUGCUGUCAUCAAAAGCUGAGAGCAAGAAAGCUUCCGACGCCGACGCCGCCGACAUUGAUAUUGACAACUUAAAGGAAAGAUCAAAGUUUAGUUCGUGUGUAGGCAUGUUCUCCAACGGUGAUGAUCCGUUCGCUUGGAUCACCAAAUCUGAAGUGUAUUUCAAUGUUCAAAAUACUCCUGCCGAUUUAAAAGUCAAUUUGGCUAAACAUUGUAUGCAUGAUGACGUUUCUAAAGCUUUGAUUAAGGAGGGUAAAGAAGAAGCUCCGACUUGGGAGGGACUGAAGGAUGCGUUGCUUAAAAGCUGCAGCGGCGUGAGUGAUGCUGUGAAUAUUUAAGUAACUAUUAGGAUGGUUGUGGCGGGCUAUGUAUGGAUAAGUAGAUUAUUAUUAAGCCUUAAAUGGUUGAUACUCUUUUGUGCUUUUGGAGUAGUUUGAGAAACCCUCUACUACUAUUAUCUUUUUACUAUCAAUAAAAAUACACUCUGUUUCCUAAUUGCAUUUA